CGCUGCAGCUGUCUCAGCCACAUCUCCGUUCUGCCGGCGGGUUACAUACAUUAUAGCCAUGCUCGCCCGACUACGAUCUUCCGCUUCUGUCCUCGCGCAGCGUCAUACGCGGACGAUGGCCACCCUUCCACCAUUACCCGACUCAACCCCCUCCGACGAUGCGGCUCUCAAAAAGGCGGCGUCCACCAUUAACGACCUUCUGGGCAGCUCGGACGGGCUGCUCCCCAUGUCCGCUCCCGCGCCCCCGGUGCCCCUCCUAGCACGCGCGUCUUCCUCGACACUCCCCGCCUUCGUCAAUAUCCCGCCAGCGCAGGACCCGCUGCUGCACUAUCUAACAUCUACUAUCAUGAAGCACGGCCGGCGGCAGAAGGCCUCUCGUAUCACCGCCCGGACGCUGCUGUACCUGCACACGUUCACGCGCGCGGAGCCGCUCCCGCUCCUGCGCCAGGCCAUCCUGGCUGCGUGCCCCGCUGUGCGCACGCUGAACCACAAGACCGGAGCGAAGGUGAUUUUCAAGCCCGUGCCGCUCACGGAGAAGCAGCGCGUACACUAUGGGGUGGAGUGGAUACUCAAGGCGAGCAACUCGAAACCAGGACGGAAUUUGGAGGAGCGGCUGGCGCGGGAGUGUAUUGGUGUGUUAAAUGGCGAGAGCGACGCGCUGAAAUGGAGGGAUGACAUGCAUAAGUUUGCGACCGUCAAUCGGGGGAAUGCCGGUGCUCGUGUUUAGGUUGUCGGGGCGUUCUCUAUUGUAUUUUGCGCGUAAUGUGCUUUUGUCGAAUCCAGUAACUUCUGCCAGUAUCUGCGAUCACUG